GUACUUGUUUCAACUACACCGCUGGACUUUUACCCGCACAUAGUCGCCUUUCUAAAGCACCUGAGAUCACGUGACUGACGUAAGAAAAAUCCCCGCCGUCACUCGUCACCAUUUAAAGGUACCCCUUGACAUAUUUGCCUACGCAUUCUCCGAGUCAAAACACAGUGUGUAGUAAGUGCAUAUUUGCGCCAUGAAACGAGGUAUUCUACUUGGUUAUAUGUAAAAUGGGACGUCAUAGCAGAAGGAAGAGGACUUCAGGAAAGGGCAGUAGGAAUCUUGGGGCCACUCGUUCAGGAAAAGGGCGACAGAGGAAACAUUUGUCUGCCGUGAAGAUACGUCAUCGAUGCCGGUUGGUCAAGGACAAAGGACAACACCGCAGCGGAUCCGCCACUGGUUGGACAAAGAAGAAUCGUCUUCUACACAUUGCGAGUCAGGUCAAGAAAAGGGAUUUUAAAUCCCCUGGAGACAAUCGAAACUGCGAUAUUUGCCGCCUUUACCCCUACGUCGCAUCCAACGCCGCCCACAAGUGGAGAGACCUUGCCCGUCAGCUCGGUCUGACAGAGCCCAACAUCAGCGCUAUCGACGCAAACCAGCGCGGGAAUGCUAAGGAAAGCUGCAUAUAGAGGCUAUGGAGACCUGGCGACUGAGUUCAGGACGGAGCGCCACCAUCACCGAGCUGAAGAAAGCGCUUGUUGAAGCCGGACUCAAGCUGGUGGCAGACGAGAUGGACGACCACAUUGAUGCGGUGCUUGGAAACCAGUCUCCUCUCCAGAUACGGCACCACCAUGGGCAGCGACUCACUCUUACUGUCCACAUCCAGGAGGGAUCCGUACAUAUGCAGGAACAGGGAUGGAACUCACCAUCAGAAAUACUACAAAGACAAACAGAAUUCCCUGCUGCUGACGAUACUGCUGUUUCUGUGAGAACCACGCCUAUGAUGUUUCAGACCAUGCCGUGUCAAGGGACAUUCGGAAAUAGAAAACGGGAUAAGGUUUGCCAUGAGAUGGUCACACAGCUGGAGAAGCUUGCAUGGCAAGGGCACUGGCAAAAGCUGGGCCGCUUUGCUUCGCGCGCAUCGAGACGAUAUAAAGACCAACCGGAUGUUGUCAUCAGGGUUAUAUUUGAGGUAAAUCAUUCUUUCUGAAAAUUCUUUAAGGUUCAAUGUGAAAUUGUGUUGCUGGAAUUGCAUGAUUGAGUGAAAGACAAAUACAUGAUGUGUUUCUCGUCUUAAAGAUUACUGUAAAUGCAGAAAUGUUCGCGUAGCUUUUAUG